CCUAGCGCCUCUUUUGCGCCUGCGCAGCCUAUCUCUUCCCGGCAACCUUUGCGGGCAGAUCGCUUUAGCGGCCGCAAGAUGGCGGAACCACCCGUACCUAUUAAAGAUUUGAGGCUCCUGGAUGUGAAACUCGGUCAGCUGCCCACCUGGUUGGCAUCGCUCAAUUACACCCCCAGAGCUUUUCUGGAGUCAUGCAAGAGAGGCCACAACAGGUUCUACGCAAAAUACUGGGAGCCAAAGCGAUGUGGCAUCACCGGUCCCGCCAUGUUAAUAACCGCUUAUGUGGUUUUCAGCUACUACUUAGUGUAUGAUCACCUCAAGGAAGAACGCUGGAGAAAGUAUCACUAAGAUUCCACCGACAAGAAUACAAGUUUCUCUUGCUGUGAUCAGUCAACCACAGGCAACUGACCUCUGUAUUUCUCUUCCAAAGUAUCAAAUGUACACGGAGACCAAUAAUAAAAUAAUUCAAUCUGUG